UCUCAGAAAAAAACGUAUUUGGCUGAAAGCGACAAUGCAGCGCAGAAUGAAGCAAGCUCCUCGCAGCUGUCACCACGCAGCAAAAGGGACUACAAGAUUGGUGACAUUUCUAGUCGCAACUGCCAUUUGUCUUCUGGUGGCCUUAUCGUCUGCUGUCAAAGUCAUCUUUCUGAUGGGAACAUCAAGCAGACGUUGCCCUGAAAAAUGGAUGCAGUUUAAAGAGAGCUGCUUCUAUCUUUCAACCAACAGGAGCACCUGGGAGGCCAGCAAGGAGAAGUGUGUGUCACAGGGGGGUCAUCUUGCAAUGCUACAAGACGAAGAGGAGAUGGAUUUCCUUAUUCCUCACUGCAGGAUAUACUCGGCCUUUUGGAUCGGUCUGAACAGGAAAAAUGGAGAGCAGUGGAAAUGGAUCAAUGGACAGCCCUUCAAUCAUGCAGACUGGGUUUCCAAUAACACCGAGGGGAAUUGUGUCUGUGUGGCCAAAGACUCUCUGGAGAAGCACCAGUGUAACCAAGAGCUCUACUGGGUCUGUAAGACAUGUGUCAGGCCUUCCUGAUGAUGCCCUGUCUCCUUUGAAUAAAGAUGCCUUUCAUCACUCCCUGGGUCGGUCAAGUGAGACACCAUCUGAAGAAUGAAAUCCUCUUUGGAAGAUGGACAGUGUCAUGUUGGGAUGUGUUCCCAGCCGUAAUCCACAGCGCUCUACCUCAGGACAACACUGUACAUACAUAUUAAUGGGCUUAUCUACACAUUUACAUCUAACAUAACAUAAGUUUGGAGUGUGAAAACAAACAUGAGUACAUAGUGGAAAUCUCCAUGUAUUUGCAAACUCUACAUAUGCAGUGACAGGGCUAGGAAUCAAGUAGGAACCCCUAGAGACGUGAGAUGGCAUUGCCAAUCACUGCUCUGAUACCCCCAACUAAGUAAUAUGCCAAAUGCAUGCUAAUGUGACAAGAGGUAAGAUGGCACCAUUUCACAAAUCCAUAUUUCAAUGAAAACGAACUAAACAAAAUACCAUUUUCACACACUGUCUAGGCCAGAUUAUGUCUGAUCAGAGCCGGCCUUUGGGGUGUGCAGGGCCUAGUGAUGACCAACCUCACGCGGGCGGGGCUGGUUACGUAAAACGCUGUUAGCGGUAGGUGUGGACUGUAUAAACUUCCACGUGAACUUAAUAAAAAUAAUGUUAACAUACACCGGAUUUUCUCAUUACAGUAUUCAGGUAAAUUUUUGAAAGAUAACACGCAAAUUGUAUGAAAAUGUAACGAUAUAAUCUAUUGAAAAAGUGCAAUUCAUAAUUCAUGACAAUACAACGGAAAUUAGUAGGGCCUCUUCUAGAAAAUUUACCCAAAUUGUAAAUAUACUCCGAGUCUCGAUAU